UUAUGUUUUAUGUUUGAUAUUAAUUUUGAAUUCAACAUAAUUAUAACUUCGUAAAUAGAUUAGAAAUGUUCUAAACAACUUUUAAAAGUACAAUUAAUUCUCAUUUAUUGAGUGAUUGGUGUGUUAUGCUAAAUUUGAACUUGUGAUCCAAAUUGUAUUAACUUUUAACUACUUUAAAGUAUUCUUUAGUUACUCUUAUUUGUGAUUGUGAAAAUAAAUAAAUUAGUAUGAAAUUCAUAUAUUGUUGGAGACAAGUAUGAGUUGCAUAGUUCAGGGUUGCAAGACUGUUUGGCACCCUCAAUCGUCUAUCAUUCUCCACAAUUUUCCCCCAGAACAGAAACUGAGGGAUCUCUGGUUAUCGAAGCUGCAAAUAAAAGGAAAAUAUUAUAAUUCAGCACGUGUUUGUAGUCUCCACUUUAAACAGAGUGACUAUUACCCUGACAAUUUACGUCGGCUUCGCAAGUCUGCAGUACCAUACUCUACAUACCAGAAUUGUAAACUUUGCAACCAAAUGAAUGCUAAUUCAAAAUGCAGUCACAACGAACAGUUUACAAUGGAUGAUGAUGAUGAUCAUACAAUGGAGAGCAUCCCAGAAAGUGAUCCUUACAAUGAUAUGGCAGAUUCACCCUCUGGAAUCGAAUUCCUAGACGAGGACGCCGAUAUUGUCCAGCAGUGCGUCCAGAACACUACAGCCCCUGAAGAUCCAGAGCAAUACUUAGUCGAGCGAAAACCAGUACGAUCGAAGCAAAAACGGAAACUACAGGAAGAAGAUUCUGACUACGAUCCCCGGGAUGAUGCCUCGAGUCCCGAUUUAAGCGUAAAAAAGAAGAAAAAUAUAAAAAAAAUGCCAAAAUACUCUUCAACCCCCACAAACACAGUGUCUAAAGCCUCUCGUACAUUGACCCCUACAAACCCACCUCGAAGGCUAACCCAACCUAACCCAUCCGCUCAAAACAAACCUAGCAAAUCUAAAAUUAAAAUUAAAGAGGUAAGUCCAAAAAACAGGAACGUAAGGAUUCCAGACUUUGAGGAUCCCUUAUGUUUACCAGUCAGGGCAAUCAAGAAGAGUGAGAAUGAUGCAAAGAAACUGAAGAGCUGGAACAAUGCAUGUUUGGAGCAUUUUAAACAUAGUGAUAAUGUUUUGAAGCCAGAACGUGGAGUCACCAAGAGUUCCACUAGAAGUAUAGUGUUGAGGAAUAUAGUUAAUAAAGCAACAGGUAAAUACGAAACGGCGAUCUGGUCGAAAACUUCCGUAGAAAAUGAGGAUGGAGUGAAGAAAUCUCAGAUAUUCCAAAGUAUCCUCCCCAGGUAUCGGGAGAAGAAGCGAAUAGAUACAUACGAUCUGCAGCCCAACAAGAAACCGAAAAGCUACCGACAUACAUUCGAAGUGUUAAUUACAAAAGAGGAUAACAAAGAUGGCGAUAGUCUGGUCGUCUACAAGCCGAAGGAGUCCAUCUCGUCAGUUUAUAAGCUGAUCGAUACUGAUGACGCAGAUAACCAAAUUAAUAGUGAAAAUGAAGACGAUAGGAGAUAUCUGAAGCAAGUCGCACACUGCAAGAUGUGCGCGCCGUGCUACCAGGCUUCGUGGAGGGGCACCAAGAAGAAUAUUAAGAAGGAGGUGAGGUGCGGCGUGUGCGCGCGUGGUUGUCCGAGCGCGUACAGCCUGCUGACGCACGUGCGCACGCACCCCGCGCCCGCACUGCGACCCAGGCGAGCACGGGUCGCCGCCGAGCUAGCGCAGAUUCUGGAGUACCACUACAAGUGUAGAAUUUGUCAGAAGAUGUGCAGCAGUAUUAAGUCGCUGCGUGCUCACAUCGCCGCCCAUAAAGGUACAGAGAAAUUUGUCUGUGAGAUUUGCAACAAAAUAUCUAGUUAAACAGUGAAUUUAAAUAUAUGUCGUACGAAUAUAUCAUAAAAGGCCUUCAAUUAUGUCACAUUUAGGGAGAGGUUCGAAAAAGUGUGACACUGUGACAUGGGGAGGUUCAUGUUGUCACAUUUCAAAACCCAAUAUUGUGAGUAAUGUUUGACUAUUAGCAAAAGAUUUGAAAUCGAUCCAACUCUAUAUGUAUAAGCAAUAAGGUUAAAAUUGCUUUGUUGAUGUGUUGAAUGAAAAUUUUUAAAAUAUGUGACGUCACACUAGUAGAAGUUAUCUCUUUAGGGAGAGAGUUGUUUAGAUUAAUGAGUUUGGAAUAUUUCCAACUUUAUCUGUAUGAGCAUUAAGGUUUAAAUUGCUAUGUUGGCGAGUUUAAUGAAAAAUUUCAUAAUAUGUGACGUCAGACUAGA